AUCGAUUGACGAUAGGCCCGCUAUCGAUACAGCACGCCCCGUGGUUUUUGAUUAAUAUUAUUAAUAUUAAUUUCGAGUAGCCGGCAGGAGUAUCCCUGCCAAUACGAGGGAAUCUUGACAGGAAGUGGAUUUUUCAGUGGCCAAGCCGGUUUCAGGGAGCAACCCUACUCUACUCCCCACCUGGCAACUCUGCAGCUAUUUGCUUGUCGAAUUGGCAAAUCCAUUUCCCCGGAUUAAAUUCAAUCCCACUCCAGAAGCUCGCGGACUCGCAUGUGUUGGCUGCGACACAGCGCACACUUGCUCAGACGAAUAAGCUUGCCAUUCCAAGUCCAAGUGCGGAGACCCAUUAUUCAAUUAGCCGGCGGUGGGAAGAUGACGGACCAGGUCAAGUAUCUGGACACACCCGACAAGUCGGAGACGGACAAGAAGCUGUACAAAACUUUACUCCUCGGCAAUGGCCUGCACGCUUUGAUUGUCUCGGAUCCCAGCCCAAUGCCCCACGAUGGCUUCACCACCUCGGAGUCCUCGUCGGAGAAUGCCUGCGAAUGCGAGUCGAGCAGCGAGUCGGUGACCACCAGCAGCGAGACCAGCAGCUCCUCGAGCUCCUCGGACAGCGGCAGCAGCAGCGUGGAGUCGGGCAGCGAGGCGGAGGGCGACGAGAAGCUGGCCGCCUGCGCCCUGAUGAUCGACUAUGGCUCCUUUGCCGAGCCCAAGAAGUACCAGGGAUUGGCCCACUUUCUCGAGCACAUGAUCUUCAUGGGCUCCGAAAAGUACCCGGAGGAGAACAUCUUCGAUGCGCACAUCAAGAAGUGCGGCGGUUUCAGCAACGCCAACACCGAUUGCGAGGAGACGCUCUUCUACUUCGAGGUGGCCGAAAAGCAUCUGGACUCGAGUUUGGACUACUUCACUGCGCUGAUGAAGGCGCCGCUGAUGAAGCAGGAGGCCAUGCAGCGCGAGCGCAGCGCCGUUGACUCGGAGUUCCAGCAAAUCCUGCAGGACGACGAGACGCGGCGGGAUCAACUGCUGGCCAGCCUGGCCACCGAGGGCUUUCCGCACGGAACCUUCGCCUGGGGCAACAUGAAGUCGCUAAGGGAGAAUGUGGACGAUGCGGAGCUGCACAAGGUGCUGCAUGAGAUCCGGAAGGAGCACUAUGGCGCCAAUAGGAUGUAUGUUUGCCUGCAGGCCCGCCUGCCCAUCGAUGAGCUGGAAUCGCUGGUGGUGCGUCACUUCUCGGAGAUACCGCACAAUGAGGUGAGGGCCCCGGAUCUCAGCAAAUUCAGCUACCGGGAGGCCUUCAAGCCGGCCUUCCACGAGCAGGUGUUCUUUGUGAAGCCCGUGGAGAACGAGUGCAAGCUGGAGCUGACUUGGGUGCUGCCCAAUGUGCGCCAGUACUACCGCAGCAAGCCGGAUCAGUUUUUGUCCUAUCUGCUGGGCUACGAGGGGCGUGGCAGCCUGUGCGCCUACCUGAGACGCCGCCUGUGGGCGCUCCAUUUGAUUGCGGGCAUCGAGGAGAAUGGAUUCGACACCAACUCCAUGUACGCGCUGUUCAACGUGUGCAUCUACCUCACCGACGAGGGUUUCCGGCAUCUGGACGAGGUCCUGGCCGCCACCUUUGCCUAUGUCAAGCUCUUCGCGAACUGCGGUUCCAUGCGCGAGGUCUACGAGGAGCAGCAGCGCAUCGAGGAGACGGGCUUUCGCUUUCAGGCCCAGCGACCGGCGUUUGAUAAUGUUCAGGAGUUGGUGCUGAACUCCAAGUACUUCCCACCGAAGGAUAUUUUGACUGGCAAGGAGCUGUACUACGAGUACAACGAGGAGCAUCUCAGGGAGCUGACUGGCCACCUCAACGAGCUGAAGUUCAACCUGAUGGUCACGUCGCGCAACAAGUACGAGGGCGUCAGCGCCUACGACCAGACGGAGGAGUGGUUCGGCACCGAGUAUGCCACCAUUCCGAUGCCUGAGAAGUGGCGCAAGCUGUGGGAGGAAUCCAAGCCGCUGGAGGAAUUGUUCUUGCCCGAGCCAAAUAAGUUUGUCACUGAGGAUUUCACGCUGCUUUGGCAUUCGGCUGGGAAGCCGGAGGUGCCUGGUGCACCCAAGAAACUGCUCAAGACGGACACGUGCGAGCUGUGGUUCCGCCAGGACGACAAGUUCGAUUUGCCCGAGGCCUAUAUGGCCUUUUACUUCAUCUCACCGCUGCAGCGACAAAGUGCCAAGAACGAUGCCAUGUGCACCCUCUACGAGGAGCUGGUCAAGUUCCAUGUGUGCGAGGAACUCUAUCCAGCCAUCAGUGCCGGCCUUUCGUACACCUUUAGCACGGCCGAAAAGGGUCUGCUGCUCAAGGUGAGCGGCUACAACGAGAAGCUGCAUCUCAUCGUGGAGGCCAUUGCCGAGGGAAUGCUCCAUGUGGCCGACACGCUCGACGAAAAGAUGCUGGCCGCCUUCCGCAAGAACCAGCGCAAGAACUUCUUUAAUACUUUGAUCAAGCCAAAGGCUCUCAACAGGGACGUUCGCCUCUGUGUGCUGGAGCAGAUCCGCUGGCUGAUGAUCGACAAGUACAAGUGCCUCAACGAUAUUACCCUGGAGGAUCUGCGCGAGUUUGCGCGCCAGUUCCCCCAGGAGCUCUACAUCCAGGCUCUCAUCCAGGGCAACUACACGGAGGAAUCGGCUCACAAUGUCCUCAACUCGGUGCUGAGUCGUCUCAAUUGCCGGGCAAUCAGGGAGCAGCGCUAUGUGGAGGAUAGGACCAUACAAUUGCCGCUGGGCACCAAUGUGAUCCGGUGCCAUGCUCUCAACGAGCAGGACACAAACACGGUGAUCACGAACUUCUACCAAAUCGGACCCAAUACAGUGCGUGUGGAGAGCAUUCUCGAUCUGAUGAUGAUGUUCGUGGACGAACCGCUGUUCGAUCAGCUGCGGACCAAGGAGCAGCUGGGCUACCAUGUGGACGCCACCGUAAGGAUCAACUACGGCAUUGCCGGCUAUUCGAUUAUGGUCAACUCGCAGGAGACAAAGACGACGGCCAGCUAUGUGGAGUGUCGCAUCGAGGUGUUCCGCGCCAAAAUGCUGCAGAUUCUGCGCAAUCUGCCGCAGGAUGAGUACGAUCACACGCGCGACUCCCUAAUCAAGCUGAAGUUGGUGGCCGACAUGGCACUGAGCGCGGAGAUGGGUCGCAACUGGGAGGAGAUCAUCAACGAGGAUUACCUAUUCGAUCGCCGACGUCGGCAGAUUGAAGUCUUGCGCACGCUGCAAAAGACGGAGAUCAUUGAAUUCCUCUUGGGCAUCGAUACCAAUAAUCUGCGGAAGCUGUCCGUCCAGGUGAUUGGACAUCGUCCGGCAGAUAUGCCCGAACCUUUGCCCGGUUCUCACCUUGCUAACGAGGAUAAAGUCGAGGAAGAAGCCAACGAGGAGGAUGAUGAUGGCGAUGAGAGUGGAACCGAAAAGGGCGAUCACGAGGAUGAGGACGAUUCAUCCGAGGACGAGGACGACGAGGAUCUAUUUGCGGCCCUGGAAAACAAGCUGAGCGUCGUCUUUCUGCCCGAAGUGGGCAAUCAAAACACCAUCCUCGAUAUCAACGAGUUCAAGAAGGGCCUGGACGUCUAUCCCAAGCGAAAGAGCCAGCAGGAGGAGGAGGAUCAGCAACGCGCAGCCCUCAUCGAAGAUGCCCUGGGCCAGGCGUGAGAUGGCCAAACUCCAAACAUUACCUCUCCCCCCAUUUCACUUUGUUCAACUAGCCAAAGGUAGAAGUUUAGUUUCACAGAAUGCCAGCUCUUUUACCCUGACCAAGUCAGCCAGUUUCUCGAGAAUUCAUUUCAAUUUUCACACACAGACCUGCACCCAAUGACAAAUGCAUUUUUGGAGUAUUGAAAACACCAUAUACGUUCGUUCGAUCGCACUGUCUUUCGUACUGAUUUAAAACAGAAAUAAAAAUCAAAAUUUAAAGUAA